GGAUUAACUAAUCUCCUGAUACACUUACUAAGGGAACAGAAAAUCAAGAUCAGAUAAACCAACACGGCUGAGCCAAGACAAUUAUCAUGUUUAACGAUAAUUUUCCAUGUUGACUUGAUAUAAAUGCUUCACACGGGAAUUAUGAUUAUUUGGCCAAUACACCGACCUUAUAGUAUGACCCCAUACACCAUCCGCAUUCAGACUAGAGGAUUUCUGGCAUAAUCGGCACGGCACAAGCCGAUGGCAUCCGCGCCCGCUCUGGGGGGUGAAAUGCACGAAUCUCACCACAUCUCACGCCGAAGCCUCUCUCCAUAUUCUCGUACAUGUCAUAUAUAAUAAUAGUUAGGGCUGUUAUGGCCAAUAUAGGCUCAUGAACCCCGUCCAAAAUUCGGAAGCUCAGCCCCAUAAAUACGAAAACCACGACUAAUCGCCCCCAAUGCAACCCCUCCACAACCAGUCGAACCCCCUCGGUGGCGACGGUACCUCGAACCCUACCACGAGUACAGGUCCAGACGACAGGAGUGCGCUCGCCUUGGCAAUGUCUCACUCGCCGCUGCAGUCAUCAAAAACACUUUAUACGCGGUCGUGCGACGUGUGUCGCAAGCGAAAGGUCAAAUGCGACAAAAUAAGCACGGGAUGCUCGAACUGCGCCAAAGCGCAGAUAGAAUGCCACUACCCAGGCCCUGGGCGUGCGCCGCGGCGGCCGAAGGCAGGAAAACAGGUCACAGCGAGGGAGACAGAGUUGCUGAAGCGACUGAGGCGACUGGAGGGUGUCGUGCAGGAGUUGAGCGGGCAGGUGGAGGAGGAAACACAUCGGAGUUCGACAGACAGCCCGAAGGAUAGACUGUGGAAAGAUAAGGACGCGAGCAGUGAGCCUGAUAGUACAAUUGGCAAACACCAAUCGGCGAAGGGGACCGUAAGGGUAGUGGGGAUGGAUGAGGGAAGGACGUCGACUUCGAAGUGGCUGGAGCGGAUGGCUAAUAUGGGGGAAGGGCCUCCCGAAUCCGAUUUGAUGAAGCGGGAGUUUGGGAAGCUGGUCAUAGAUGAGGGGAAGAGUCAUUAUGUCAACAGCGACCUGUUUGCAACUUUAAGCCACGAGGUGGAAGAUAUCAGAGAGAUAUUUGAUGGUGAUGAUACUUCAGUCGAAGAUGAUGGAGAGACUGCCGAUAUGCCAGGUUCAAAAUCUCCUGUGGGACACCAGGGGUUUUUGUUUGGUUAUUCGAGCACGAUGGUGGAUCUGCGGUCUUUACAUCCCUUACCUUCCCAGAUACCAUUCUUCUGGGAUGUCUUUGUGGAGAACGUGGACCCUAUCACGAAAGUCCUCCACGUGCCUACAAUGGCCAAGGCAAUCAAGGAGGCCAAGGAAAACCUCGACUGCCUGAGCAAGAGUAUAGAGGCGUUGCUUUUUGCAAUAUAUUACUCUGUUAUAACAUCCUUGAGCCAGGAAGAAGUCGUGUCAAACUUUGGCACUGACAAAAGCGUGUUAAUUGAUCGCUAUAGGUUUGGAGUGGAGCAGGCUCUCGCCCGAGCUGACUUCCUCAAUACCUCGGAGCUGGUCAUAAUACAAGCAUUCUCUCUCUUCCUGACCUGCGUUCGCCGUCAUGACCAGUCCAAAUUUGUCUGGUCGCUAACUGGUCUUGCGAUCCGACUAUCGAUAGGCCUUGGCCUCCACCGCGACGGCUCCAAGAUGGGCCUUUCGCCUUUCGACACCGAAAUGCGCCGCCGGUUAUGGUGGUCGCUUUGCGUUCUCGACGUCCGCGCAUCGGAAGACUACGGCUCUGAACCUGCGAUCCUGGAUGGCACCUACGAUACCCUUUUACCUCUUAAUGUUAAUGACGUUGAUCUUGAUCCUCUCGCUACCGAACCCGCGCAGGAGCACGUCGGCGUGUCUGAUAUGACUUUCUGCCUUAUUCGGUACGAGGUCUGCAGAGUCAUGCGGCACUUGCCUUACGCAACACCCCGUAUCCAUGCCCCUAGGGAACUAGCGAACGCUACCACUUUCGAAGAGAAGGAGAAAAUGGUACGGGAUCUGCACGCUCACCUUGAGGAAAAAUACCUCCAAUACUGCCUCAAUUCCGGCCCGCUCCACUGGGUCGCCGCCACCGUCUCACGCCUCGUCCUCGCAAAAAUGAGCAUCAUGAUCUUCUUCCGCGGCCCAGAUUCCCCAGACAACCUGCCCCAGCACAUUCGCGACCGCCUCUUCAUCGCCAGCAUCGAAAUCAACGAGUACAGCCGGCUCCUCGAGACCGGCGCCGCAACGAAGAAAUGGGGAUGGCUGUUCCACACGUACGUCCACUGGCACGCCCUCGUGUAUAUUCUUCGCGAGAUCAGCAAUCGUCCACGCUGCCCUGUCACGGACCGCGCGUGGCGUGCUGUGGAUAGCUCGUUUUCGAGUUGGGAUGACGCAGUGAAGCAUUCCCGCAGCUCGAAGAAUGGGAUGCUGUGGCUGCCGCUGCGCAGAUUGAUGGCUAAAGCGCGUCGUAAGCGCGAGGAAGACCUUGCUGCCGUGGCCGCCGGUGACAUGUCACGCCAAAUACCCGGGUUUUUGGAGAUGGAUAGAUGUGCGGUGCCAUCGGCGUGCCCGAGCGCGAUGACUCAAGGGGAAGAGCAGCAGCAUCAACCCGCUGAUCUUGGCGACGUCGAAGUACUCCGCCCUCUACAACAGGGCAUCUUGUACCCGGACGAACCGAUGUCCGAUUCUACCCCGGAUAUCCCCUUACCGCCUUACACAAUGGAAUCGCAUACGCAGGAGGUGAGUUCGGCUACCGAGGACGCUGGGGAUGGACCGACUCAACUGCAGGCGCAGUUCCAGCAGUAUGAGAAUCAGCAGGCGCAGAUGGCACAGCAACAGAAUAUGCAUAACCCGGCGUACCAGGGUGUCCAAAACCAGGUGCCGGGAUUUUCGGGGCAGAUGCAGGGCCAGGUGCCGUGGUUGCUUGAGGCGCCGUUGGGGGAUCUAGAUAUGGAGAUGGGGGUGAGCUCGGGGGAGAGUAGUGGUAUGGAUGAUUUCUCGUGGGAGAACUUUGAUGAUUUGGUGAGGGACGUUAUGUUGCAGAAUGAUCCGGGGCAGGUCGCGGAUCGGGGGCCGUCGAUGGUUGGCCUGGGGAGCUGGUGGUAGUGGGGAGGAGGCUAGCGAUUGGAGCUGUAUGUGAUACGAAAAUGACAUUUAUGGGUUAUAAUGAGGGCGGUCUGGUGUUUUGGUGGUAUAUAUAUCCUCUCUACUUAUUGCUGGUGGGGUAGAUAGUUCAGAUGGCUUCUGAGAUUUGUGGAAUCUAUAAUCUUUUCUCGGU